AUGAACCGCAGGGCCGAAGAGCCCAUGACGCUCUCGGACGGGACCUUCCUCCCCAAGGGAACACUGCUCACCGUUGCCACACACAACACGCGCGACCCGGCCCUCUGGGGCCCGUCGCCGGAGCGGUUCGACGGCCACCGGUUCCUCCGCAUGCGCGAGCGUCCAGGGCACGAGAACCGCUGGCAGUUCAUCUCGACGAGCCCCGAGUUCCUCGCCUUCGGGCACGGCAUGCACGCGUGCCCCGGGCGCUUCUUCGCGAGCAACGAGAUCAAGAUCGUGCUGGCGCACCUCGUCAUGAACUACGACUGGAGGGUCGUCGGGGAGACGCCACCGGGGAGCAUGUUCGCCAGCCGAUUUGUGCCGGACCCGAAAACGGUCGUCGAAUGCAUGAUGAUGAUGAGCCAGUUGGGCAAGCAAGAUAUCUAG